AUAGACGAUAGGUACAUACAUUCCCGUCUUCCAACACGUUUCAGCUCGUAGAACACAGAAUCAACAUGGACCAGAUUUCAGAGACGGUAGAGUCAGGCAAGGAGUGGUUGACGGAUCCUUACCAGAAAACGGCAACGAAGGUCAUAGUGCGCGCCUGGUGCAAACGCGGCAAAGACAUCUGCCAGCUCCUCAAGGCGAAGGAUUAUUACAAGCACAAAGCCAUGGAGAGCAACAAUAAGUUGCACAUGUACAAAGUCAUUACUGAGGUGGCUGAGGAUCGGAACAAUGAGCUCUGCUUGCUGCUGAUGAAGUCCAAGAAGAACACCUUCCAGAUUCACUCGUCAAAGAUCAGCCUGACGGCAGACAAGGAACAGCUGCUGGAGGAAGUGGAUUGCCGUAAGAGAGAGAAUGAGAAACUAAAAGCAGUUACAGGCCAGCGAAAAACAGAACUCUGCGCCGCUCGGUUGGAGACGCGGAGACUCCGAAGACGAAUAUCCCAGGAUGAGUUGGUUAAGUUUCAACUUAAAGCAAAGAACUCUGACCUAAGCAACGAAGUUAGAAUGCUCAGAAGUUUGCACAGAGUCAACCAAUUAAGGGAGCAACGUUUAAACAAGGAACUUCUACUUAAAUCUGAAUUGAUUACCAUCAUGCAGAAAGAAUUAAGUUUAAUAAAGGAAAGAAUUCGGAAUUGGAACGACAUUGAGCUGAAGGAGAACGAACAACAAAUGCGUCCCUUGAUAGACCAACUGCAGGAUCUCUGCAGAGGACACAGUUUCCUGAGAAUGCAGACGAUACCGGACAGCAACAGCAGGAGCUCCAUGUUUCAGAAACUCUGGCCAACGAGUUUGGCGAGGAAGCCUCAGCCUAUGAUAGAAAAGGCGUUUCCUUUCUGCUUUAAGCUGAAUUACAUUUUUAGUUCCUGAG